AUGGUUUCGCAUUUUCAUGAACAAGAAUCCCUUUUACAAAAUUCGAUGUUUGAUGCUCUUUACUGUGAAGAAGAGCGUUUUGAAGAAGUUCUAGGAGGUGGUUUUGACUUCCAAUCGCCAAAAAUAGAGGAUUCCAAUGAGGUUCAUAAAAAGGUUUUUCUGUUUGAGCAUGACCGUUUUUGGGAGGAUGACGAGCUGGUGACCCUCUUGUCCAAGGAGAAAAUACAGAAAGAUAAACCAUGGAUGAGUCAAUUGGCUGCUGUGGCUUGUCUUUCUUUAGCUGCCAAGGUGGAGGAAACUCAAGUCCCUCUUCUUCUGGAUCUCCAAGUGGAAGAAUCCAAAUAUUUGUUUGAGGCAAAGACCAUUCAGAGAAUGGAGCUUUUGGUGCUUUCUACUCUCAAAUGGAAGAUGAAUCCUGUGACUCCAAUUUCAUUCUUUGACCAUAGUUUAAGGAGAUUUGGAUUUAUGACUAACCUACACUGGAAAUUUAUGAAGAGGUGUGAGAGAUUUCUUCUCUCAAUCAUCACUGAUCAUAGGCUUGUGCAUUUUCUUCCAUCUGUUAUUGCUGGCGCAACAAUGAUAUAUGUUACUAGAGAGAUUGAGCCUUGCAAUGCAAUGAAAUACAAAAAUCAACUAAUGGAUGUGCUCAAAAUCAGCGAGGAAUCUAUUGAUGAAUGCUCUAAACUUAUCCGGGAGGCAAUGGAUGGUGAUGACAACAAGCCCUGCCUCAAACGCAAACUUGAGUCUGUGCCUAGCAGCCCACACGGUGUCAUCGAUGCAUAUUUUAGCUCUGAUAGCUCUCGCGAUUCAUGGGUCAUCUCAUCACCCGUUUCAUCAUCUCCUGAACCUUUGUUUAAGCGAAACAGAGCUCGGGAUCAGCACAUGAGACUGACUCCCCUAAGCAGCGUGUCUGUAAGCGUGGGUAGCACCCCUCGCUGA